UCCGGACUACUUGUUUUAUUUCCAACUUCCGGAUGUCUUGGCUUUCAAACGGAGUUUCGUCCUAAAAUCAUAUUCAAACGGGUAAGCCUAUGUAGCGCUUGAUGCAGGCUGUGAAGCAGAUAAAGCAAGUUCUGGCACAGGAAGUCAACAUCGUUUUACCCAAACGUGAAGGCUUCAAGAACACAUCUGGAAUGUCAUUGGUCGAUCUUGGCAAACGUCUGCUGGAUGCAGCCAAGCGUGGCGAGACAGAGGAAGUUCGCACUCUCAUGUCCAAUGGGGCGCCCUUCACCACUGACUGGCUUGGUACGUCACCGCUCCACUUCGCCACACAGUUCGGCCACAUAGAGACGGCAGAGAUACUCCUGAGGGCAGGCAUCAGUCGAGACGCGCGGACAAAGGUGGACCGUACUCCGCUGCAUGUGGCCGCUCAGGAAGGUCAUGUGGACAUCGUGGAGCUCCUCAUCCAGCAUGCUGCCGACAUCGAUGCCAAAGACAUGUUAAAGAUGACACCAUUACACUGGGCGACAGAGAAAGGCCACCUUGGUGUGAUUGAGUCACUUGUCAGACAUGGGGCCGAUACGAGUUGUGACAACAAGUUUGACAAAACCCCACUUGAUAUUGCUGUCUCCAAUGGGCGAUCGGACAUAGCACAGAUGUUACAGUUAGCACAGCAUACAGAAAUACAGGGUCUAGAGGAAGGAGAAUCGGUCACCAUAGAAACAACAGAGGUUGAGGCGGACGCCAUAGAAACAGUUACCGUGACAACGUCUGACUCAUUGCAGACAGAAGUUGGGCACAAAGAUGUCCUCCCUGUGAAUCUCUAUCACAAUAUCGCCAAAACCACCAAAGAACCCAAGAGUUCAGACAACUCUUCUGUCCUGGCAACAUUAGCAGCACUGGCAGAAGCCACAGCGCCGGGAACAACCUCACAAGGUGUGAAUAGUAAUGACGCCCUGAGUUGGCUGGAGAGUCAGGGUAUCACCAUGAUCACUACAUCUGAGGGAGGAAUGAUCACCUCUGCUGUGGAGAGCGGACAAACAAUCACACUCACAGAGGCUGGGAAGAUUGCUUUGAAUCUAAUCAAACAACAAGGUCUCCAGGAAGCUGAAUCAACAGAAAUAAUAGAAGAGGAAACUGUAGGGCUGGAAACAGAACAACAGAAAGUUAUAACCAUAGUAGCUGGUCACGACCAAUCAGAGCUGACUGCUGAGGAGACGACGGUGCUAGAGGAGAUUACAGGUGGAGGAGCAGGGGACGCAACUCUUACUGUCGACACCACAGAGGAGCCCCCAGCUAAACGUCAGCGGACGGACGAGGGGGAGGGGGACUCGGCAUCGGUUGACAUACAGAAACUCCUGGAGAACAAAGAGAGUCUGGAGAGCCUAGAUAAGGACGCUCUACGUAAACAACUGGAGGAGAUCCAGAAACAGGCGGAGAACUACAAACAGCAGCUCAAACAGAAGGAGGAAGAGGCGGAGGAAUACAAGAAAAAACUCAACCAAUUCGGAACCACCAAGGAGACACCUUGAAGCAGGGAUAUUGACAGGAGAGCGUUGUUCUUAACUUGUAAAGGGACAUCAUCCAUAUCUCAUGUCGUUGUGCUGAUGAGGACAGUCCUGCCCAUGUGUUGUGAUAUUUCUGUAGUUUGGAAUCUCACUCAAGAGAACUGUGGAGGAAAAUCAAGUUUCCAGGUGUACUCAAAUUUACCUCAAACAAUAUGAGCGACUAAUAACUUGAAUAUAUAAGUUUUGUUAAAUUGAGCGACAGAUGACUUAAAUGGGUUAACAACUUGAGGGACAGAUGAGUUAGAUAACUUGACAGGGAGGUGGUGAUUCUUGAAAGAGAUUCCAGCUACUAAUACCAGACUAAUGAGUGUGUUACCAAUAGUCUAAGGGGAGAUAACUGGACAUCAAUCAGUGAUCGGGGCUGUUGUAUUAAAAAAUCCAGUGAGUAAGGCCCCUUUUGCAUAUGCGGUUCAACCGGUUGAAACAGUUGAACCUGAAAGAAAACAACAGGCGCAGAUCUGAACCGAGGCUGACCUCGGGAGUAUUCAGCAUGUGUAGACUGAGGGGUACAGAUGUGCCUGACCGAAACUAAAAUGCUGACUAUUGCUAGAUUGCAUUAUUUCUUUUUAAAACAAGGUCAAUCCACAUGUGGAUUUUAAGAUACAUUAUAUGAUUAAGUGGACGCGUUAAAGAAGAAUAUGAUAUUCUCAAUAUAUUGUUAUUUAUUUACCAUAACUGUAUUUUUAGCUCUGUCUAUAGUUCGGGCCAAGUUUGUUCGUUUAUCAUGGAAUAUUUCUGUGCCACCUGAACCGUUUCAACUGGGAUACGCAAACGCGAACUUACGUAGAAAUAGUCAAAGGGGAGAUAACUUGAUGUAGCUCAUGAUUAGGAGUAAUGGGAGGGGAUAUUCAAAGGGGAGAUAACUUGACGUAGCUCAUGAUUAGGAGUAAUGGGAGGGGAUAGUCAAAGGGGAGAUAACUUGACGUAGCUCAUGGUUAGGAGUAAUGGGAGGGGAUAGUCAAAGGGGAGACAACUUGACGUAGCUCAUGAUUAGGAGUGAUUGGAGGGGAUAGUCAAAGGGGAGAUAACUUGACGUAGCUCAUGAUUAGGAGUAAUGGGAGGGGAUAUUCAAAGGGGAGAUAACUUGACGUAGCUCAUGGUUAGGAGUAAUGGGAGGGGAUAGUCAAAGGGGAGACAACUUAACGUAGCUCAUGAUUAGGAGUGAUUGGAGGGGAUAGUCAAUGGGGAGAUAACUUGACGUAGCUCAUGAUUAGGAGUAAUGGGAGGGGGGAGUUAGAAGGUUACUGAUAGUUUAUGUUUAUAUUGGUUAACGACAUCAUUGUUACCAAAGGAAAUCUUACAGUAUGUGUUUAUACGUAACACGGUGGGCGAGUCAUGUGAACAUUUGAUAGGCAAGCUAUCAAAACUUUAAGCGUAAUAGAAAGUGUUGUCAGAAAUAUUAAGGAGAAUGAAUCUUUGGAUGAAAGCAGGCAAAUAUAACCUGUAUGGUGAUCAACGGAGAUAAUUUGGUGUGAAGUAGUAUUGGUGUAAAAGUUUGUGUUUCUGUGUGUGAAUAGAGGAACAAAUGUGUGAAAGAAAAAGUGGAGAGGAGUGUUGUGUCCAGUGUCCGGACGUGUGAGAAGGAGAGACAGAAUGUAUAAAUGUAUGUAUCAGGAAAUUAUGCAGAAAAUUACAAGUUAUGAUAGUACAUUUCUAAACAUGAUUAUAAUAAUAAUAAUUUGAGGUUCUUAUAUACCGCUUUAUCACAACCCAGUUCGUAGGUCAUCUCAA